UAUGACUAGUAGUGUCAAUGCUGGGUCCAUGGAGCCUGCAGCAAUGGUACCUCCGACUCCGGCGCCUCAGAUUCCAGCUCAGAUGCAGACUCCAAUGGCAGUCGCUCCUGUCCCCAAGACGUUGGAGACAGAGGUAGAAGCUCCUCAAGGCUUCGAGUCUUCGAAGAGGCAGAGAGUGGAGCACGCAGAACACGAGAGUGAGGGGAAUGAGAAUGCGCACAACGCUGCGGCCUCGGACGUGAGGAGAGCAGGAACUUUAGUACAACAAAUUGGUAAAGGAUCGACGGAGUAUUUGAGACGGAAGUUGAGUAUUCAAGCAGCACGUCUAGAGAUUGAGAGCAGACGCUUGGACAUCGAAACCAAGCGUGAGCAACGAAACAGUGAGCUGCAUGCCGUGCAGCUCGCAUUGGCCAAUGAACAACUACAACAAGCCAAAAUGACUACCCAGAAGAUGAAGAAUGAGUGGAUGGUGGAGCAAAUGAUACAAAAGAAGAGGUUGAGUGACGCUGGGAUCUCGCAAGAAGACUCGGCAUCUCUUGGAAUGUAUUUGUCAUGAGUUUUUAAGCGUUUAUAUGUGACCCUGUUAAGGUUGUGUAUUAUUUCUAAUCACCCUGCUUCUCUUCUUUCGAGAAGAAAUUAUUUUUUAAAGUAGUCAUGAAUUAUUUAUCUCCGU